AUGGCGCCUACAGUCCUCCCCGAGUCGGGCAACCCGCUCGUCUUCUUCGACAUCACUCUUGGAGGCGAACCCCUCGGCCGCAUCACGUUUGAGCUCUUCAAGAACGUGGUGCCCCGGACGGCCGAGAACUUCCGCCAGUUCUGCACCGGCGAGAGCAAGAACCACCUGGGCCGCCCGCAGGGCUACAAGGGCUCCAAGUUCCACCGCAUCAUUCCCAACUUCAUGUGCCAGGGCGGCGACUUCCUCAACGGCGACGGCACCGGCUCGACCUGCAUCUACGGCACCAAGUCGUUUGCCGACGAGAACUUCACCCUGAAGCACGACCAGCCGGGCCUGUUGUCCAUGGCCAACGCCGGCCCCAACACCAAUGGCUCGCAGUUCUUCAUCACGACGGUGCCCACGCCGUUCCUGGACGGCAAGCACGUCGUCUUCGGCCGCGUCGUGGACGGCAUGGAUGUCGUGCGCAAGAUGGAGCACACCAAGACGGGUUACCGCGGCAAGGACGUGCCGAACCUGGACGUGGUCAUCGCGCAGUGCGGGGAGCUGUGA